GGAACUACGGCUCUCAGUGGGGCCGGCGGAGAUGAACAUCGAACGAGCACAUGGAGUUCCAGACGCUGAUCCUCCGAGAAUCCAUGUGUGACAGAAAGGAUGGAAAAUCUUUUGGCUCAGUUCCAGACUGGUGGAGCCUGCAUGUGGUUGUUUCAGGCUGAUGUGCAAAAAGGGUGCAGCAUUUAUUCUGCCAGGGCAUUACAUGCAACGUUUUAUUUCACUUACAUGUCUGUGGCAACGAUCCUAUUACCUUGUUUCUAAUAUGCGUGACUGCUGCAUAGCAGAUCAUGCCUGGAAAAUAUUGUGGUUUUGAAGUCAGAAAUUAACCCGUUAGUGCUGGGACUUGUUAAAGUUAGGCUCUGAUCACAAGAAUUUACAGGCUCGUACCACCUUGAAUUCAAUUAUUUAAGUGGGUCUUCAGGACCUAAGUACCAUUGUAGAUCUGGGCCCAGCUGGUUAGGAUUCUGAAAACCAGCUGAAUGAUAAUCAAAUAGGACUCCAGUGGCUGCAGCCCACCAAGUUAAAAGAAUUCAUUUAAAAACAUGGUAAACCAAUGUGUUUUCUUAUUAAAGGCAAACUCAAGUCUUAAGAUACGCAUUAAACUUAAGAAAGAUACACGUGGCCUUGUAGUAUUCUUACAUACUAUACAUGAAUCGGAAAUACUGUACAUGAAUCAGGAGUAUAGAUGUUGUGAGCAUGUGAUGGCCCAGUAGAGGAUGAAAUACGGAUACUGAAAACAAAGAUCAGUGACUUGACUCUCUCUUCCCAAACCUACUUCUCUCCCUCUAUAAAUAAGUUUGGUGCACAGAAUGCAAAUUUACAUCAUGGCUUUAUUGCUUCCUCUUCAUAGAGGAGGAUGUUCAUUCGAGUUGCUGCUUUCGAGUUCCACCUGCAGCUACAAAGCACUGCAAUAUUCAGCUGUUUCAUGUUCACACACCGACGUUUUAAGUCAUUUCUCUCUCCAGUGCCAGUGUUGGGAGCAUGGGGUGAAGAUCAGGUGAGCGUUUCUAUACCUGGCAGGAACAGGUCCGCCUGGCAGGGUGCUUAGGAUGAGGGGGCAGAUGUCUUGAGUUGAGAGGUAGCGUCUUUAAUGGCCUGUGAGCCUUUCUGUAUCUGAGUGAACUGCUGAAGAUACCGACAGUCUCAUGGCUGCUGCAUUGAUUGGCAACUGGCAUUUUGUCAGAAACCAAGGGAUUUGGAAGGCUCCAUGUUCAGGUUGCUCUUCUAUUCGGUCCCCUGACUGACAGGGACAGUCAAUUUAAUUAUGGAGGUAUGGACUGGAAUUUUUGGCAGUUAUCAUUAUUAGUGAUAAUGAUAAAUUAUCUCUCUAUUGCCUUAAGCUAUCCAUUUGUGUCCUGCUUCAGCAAUUACAUAUUAAGCUUGCAAGUGAUUGCUAGAAUGCUCACUUUUGAACACACUGGUUCUUUUUAUAUGCAGCACAAAAAUAAGCCAAUUUGUGGACACAAAAAUGCUUGGUAUUGGUAGGACAUUGUGCGCUUGGAGUAACAUGCAGUUGUAAGAAAGAUGAGCAUGGAAAACCAGGAUCCUGAGUUCUGAUCUCAGCCUGAUCUUGACUCGCUGGGUGAUAUUAGGUAAAGGAUCCAUAUUAAACUCAAGGCCUCUGGGAAGAGGAAUGAAAUUUUAUGCAAGUGUUUGAGCAAGGGAGGUGGACUGAGGGAAGCAGAAGAAAAAGGCCAGGACCCACAGGACUGUUACAGCUGCCCACGCAGCAGUAUUGAUCUUUGAGUUGUUGUUAUCAAACAGGUUUUGACGACUUCCAAGAACAAAAGUAUUAAAAUACAAGAACAUCAGUUAGAAAAUGUUGGCAAUUAGUUAGUAGAGGAAAAUGGUGAGGAAAAAGAGGAGGAAGGAAGAGAUGCCAGUGUGGAUGAAAUGCCAGUGAAUGAGGUCACGGGGGUGUUCCAGAGAAGCAGCAUGCAGAGGUGAGUUGAUAUUUGAAUGUGGAGGGAACGAGGCAAGGAGGGAACGGGGCAGUUUGGUUCUGUGACAUACAGUUGUGGGAUGCGCAACUGUUAAAGGGAACAUACAAAGGCAUUUGGAAAAUCAGUGCUAUGUGUAGGCUAGGUUUUGAAGUGUGGGUUGAAAUGAUGAUACAAAAAUUUUAGUUUCUUUAAAAAAUUAAGAAAGUAAUUAUAUGUUUGAGGACAAAGUGAAGAGUCACAAAUUUGGAAAUGACAAAUGCUUGCCAGAGCUAUAAACAUGACCUUUGCUGGUUGUGCUCUAGUACUCACAGUAUUUACAUGACCACAUGUUCUUUUUCAGUUAGAAUAACAUACUUGUCAGUAACAUACCACUUCUGCACUAUGCUACAGUGUGCAUAGGUGUAUCUUCAGAUGAUUGAGGAAAAACCCCAAACCUGACCAAAGUAUAAAGGGAAAUUAGUUCAGAUAUUUAGUAUCUAGAUUUUACUUUUGCAUUUCACGACGUGGUAGCAAAAGUGUGGCAGAUUUGUCUUGGAAAAUUAGGAUGCAUUCCAGCAGAAACUGAUGCAGAGACUCAGCUUUUUCCUGAAAAAUAUCUUCCACUAUUUCCCAUAGCUAAGUAUUUAGAGCUUGCAGGAUCAGGGCCUAACAAGCCACAUAGCCUUCUUACUGUUUUUUGGGGGGUUGGUUUUUUUUUUUCCUUCAGGAAAACAAAACUCUCAAUGUUAAAAUGAUUGGAAAUUGAACUUAGGGGGAUCUAGCAUGUGAUUACUUUUUUUAGACAGGAUUUUGUUUGUAGCUGAAUUGGACUGAGUCUUUUUUUUCUCCCAAACCAGAUGGUAAGUGAUUCAGUACUUUUAGCAGUAGAAAAAUGAUUUGUUUUCUUUCCUCAGUAGUUGGUGUGAAUGUACUUUUCUUUAUCUAUUUACAUAUUAUGUAAACACACUUUACCAGCAUUUAUGUACAUAGUUUACAGUCCACAGAGAGCCCUGUAUAGGCAAGGCCGUGCACGUAGAAGGAGUUGACGUUGCUUACAGAGAGCUGUUCGCAUGGAACUCAUGGCAGGGUUGUAUUUUUAUUUGUAUUUGUAUUUUUAUGUAUACUCUUAAAUUUAUGACACUGUACAAGGAUGCCAACAGAACCGUAAGUCCACAAAACAGUUGAGUGACUUUGCACACUUUACUUUUUUUCACUUAACAAAGUCUCUGGGGAUGCCCUUGAUCUCUUCUGCUGUCUUCCUGUGGUAGGCUGUAGUCCUUGUGACUUUUGAGCUAAAGCUAAAAGCUUUAUCCUUAUUACAGAGUGUUGGGAUGAGUUCUUCCUGGUGUGCAGGGGGAGCGAGGGCCUCAUUCGUGUGGCCUUUUGGACUUGUACUGAUGCUACUAGGGAGACUUCGGAAGGGAUUCCAGGAAUGGUGAGAAAUAUUUGGGAGAGUAUUAAAACUUCUUUCACAUGUGUACCUGAUUUCUCGAGGUUAUCUGCAUUUAUGUUUGUGUAUAUACAAUGUUAAAACUGAAUGCUAAAUGCAGCGCUGUUGCUUGUUUUGUGCUAAACAAAACAUACAUGUAAACCAUAUAUAUGCUGUGUCAGCAUAUGGGUAUUUGAGGCGGAAUGGAAGGAUAUGAAGCUAAUAGUAGACUACAUUAUAGGGGAAUAGUAUGUUGUAGUGUCCAGCCAUGGAUUCCUUAUACAAGAAGGUACAAGCAAGGUUGCCCAAGCAGCCUUACAGUUGUCCUUUCCAAGCAGUUAAGAGCUGUUUUGUAAAUCUGAUGUGCUUUUACCCUAGCUUUGUCUGAGAAUUAAAAUGUUGAAUGCCUUGGAGUCAUACUGCUGCUUUACUGGGAUGGUAAUACUCCAUUUCAAAAAUAGUGACCAGUUUCUCUCUUUACAAAUCUGGCUGUACACAGUCGGAAUGGGAUUAUCCGACUCUCUUCUUGGUUCUUGCCUCAUCUACAUAUGCUUCAGCUGAGUCACUGGGAGUUUGCGCACAGAGGAGCUGGCCCCUUGCCUUGUUUUCCAGGUUUACCAGAGAGUUGCAACCCAGUUCUUAGCAUCUUCCACUUGAAAAAUGUGACAAUCUUCUGCUUCCAUGAAUUCUAGUAGGGAAAAGAAGACACAUGAAUUAGUAUCAGAAAUAUUGUGCUGUGACGUGUGUCAAGUUUUUCCCCUGAAAUUAUUCAGUGGAAGGGUGGCAGAAGAGGGCCCUUGAAAGUAGCACUGUUUUUUUGACAUGGAUAAGUAGUCAAGCUGGGGUGAUUCACUGCGCCUUGUAUUUGUGUAAUAAAUCACUUUUCCCUUUAUGUAAGGGGAAUUGUUUGGGGGCGUUUGCCUCUCGGGCUAUGUGGCUGUUGGUGUGGUCAUGCAAGGUGGCAGAAAACUGCGUCUGCAGAAGGAUACAUAAUCCUGUGGGAUGCUGCUGCAUGGGGUGGCGUGUGAAUCCCAUCUGAGGUCAGACAGCCUGCUGGGAGGAAUGAGAGCUUGCUUGGCCAGCGCUCUUUGUGUGUUUUGUACCAAGGGCUAUACCUCUGGAUGUACCUUAUCACGGUCGCAAACAGUCACAUUUUUUAUAACUGGGAAUUGUGUUAUUACACUACCAGAAAGAAAUAAAAGCACAAAGCAAUGAUUAUGAACUUCUAAACAUUGUAUCUGUAGAAGAGCAUAACUCCUAACCCAGCUAUUGUGGGCAUGCAGGGACAGCAGGAUUAAGAUUUCUGUUCUCUCAGACUUGCUGUGCAUGCUCUUGUGCUUGUAAUUGCCUCCUGACUGGCAGCAGAGUGCUUGCUUCCCAGUGCCACAGUUCCUGGUGUCCCCUGGCACCUAGCUGCCUGUCCCUCACUGGCCAAGUGUUACAUGGGGAAUGGUACCAUGCCUGGGAGUGUGACAGUGGCUGUGAUGUUUAGCAAAUGAAGGGAGUCCAGGAGAAGUUAAACUAGGUGAUCUGUCAGGGAGAAUGAGCAAAAUCUGCCCCCAUUGUGGAGAGCUCUGAAGAAACAGGGUUGGAGACCAGUUAUCUGUUACCUCUUGUGAGCCCCAGGGAGUAAAUACUGUGGAGAAAACUUGGCUCAAAGUUUUGAGGACUACGUAAUUGCUGGAAGCUCGAGGUUACUUAGGACAUAAGCAUGCAUUUAUAAGCACUGGAAGUACUAAAGAGCGUUUCUUCUGAUUUCAGUUAAUAAUCAGGCAUGUUGUGUACAGUUUGUUUGCUUGAUUGGUUCAUUUUAUUGUGUGUAAAUACACUGUAGAAACAAUUUUGUCUUUUGUUCAGUGUUACUCAGCUGGCGUGCUUCUUGUAAAUCCAAUGAAUUAAGGGGAAUAAGUAACCUGCUCUGGUCUGUCUGUGAAUCAAGGUCCAUUUAAAAUAAAGGCCCGCGAGGGAUACAGUGGGACUGCAGUGAGCAGAGGAGGCGGCGUGUGCAGCAGAACGGAAACCUCCAGGCCACGUGCACCGCAGGCACAGCAACUCACUGGCAAUGUGAGUUGCCUCAGUGAAAAAGAAGUUCUGCUCUCCCUUGUGUGGUACGAAACUCAAGCUCCACUGAUCUUAGUGGAAAUGACCAUGUAAAAGUGACAGUACAGGUGUGGAUGGUGUGGAGAGACAUCAGAUUUUGUUGGGACAUAAGUGUGAGCCCAGAGGUGAUGGGGUAUGUUUGAAAAUACUUCCUGGCAAAAGUUGUACUGGCUGAGAAUCAGAAGCUCGCAGCCCAUUGACAUCACUGGAAGUCCCUGGAGGAUUGUAAUUGCAGCGUUGCCUUGUGACUGUGCUGAAUUAAGAAUCGGAGCUCAGCUGAAAUUCCCAGACCAAAGGAUAUGAUGGCUACUAGUAACCUUGGUGCCUUUUUUUAUGCUUUUUUUCUAAACAGUAUCUUUUUGCAUUAUAUAUGGUCAGUGUUUUUGGAGAAAAAAAGUUAUUUCUUAGGUACCUAUUAAAAUUUAAGAAAAUAGCAGGUCCCCUUGCCCCUUGUGUGCACACCUUCUCCUUCCAUAUGCUUUAGUGUUGGAAACUGAUCAUGUCUUUCCAUUGUUAUGGGAAAACAUUUAAAUAGCACACCAUUUUAUAGGCAAAGGAAGGAAAAAUCCAACAACUUUGUACUCUGCCUGUAGGAGCUCUCAGUCUAAGUAUGGCAAAAUUAGCAAAUAUGAAAUGUAGGCUAACAGCUAAGGAGAAUAAGGGAGUGAAGUUACAGAUGCUAAAUAAAGACAGGAUGAGAUUGUUCAAAGAGGCAGGAGGAAGGACAGAGGAUACUUGGCAAGAGAGACUCAAUGAUAUGGGUCAGCUUUACUCUUAUUGAACCCGAGUGUUAUCCCAGAUUUGUGGAGAUACAACAUCCAAAGCCUUCCCAGGGAGAGAGAUCUUAGCCCAGAGGGCAGCAUGGAGUGAGGCUCAAAGCAGGGGGAAGAAAAGGAGAUGGAAGUGAGUGAAGUGAGUAGGGAGCAGGAAAAGCAGAAGGAUUGGGAGCAUCCUGGGAUAGGACUGUGUAAAUGCUAACUGGGGUCUUGAGCAAAGUCAAAAGGAGUUUUCCCAAAAAUAACAGUGGUCUCAAGCCCAGCAUAAGAACUUGAAUUUGACCCAAAAGUAGAGAGAAUUACAGCAGUUCUGCUGUGUGUUAGGUCUGCAUUUGGAAUUUCAAACUUUGUUUUGCCUCUGGAGUCCUCAGUCUUGCACAGUCCCAUUACAGCAGUGGUGGUUUUAGUGAGAGUGCAGGUUUUAGUGAGAGUGAGUUCCUGUCCUUGGGCAGCUGCACUUUCAUGUGCACAGGCAUGUGCAUUUUCAGUAAAGGCUGUUCCCAGAGUGAAGAUUAGCUGGUGGAACUAACAGCAGCAGCUUUUUGGAAAGCAACACUGAAUUUGCCAUAGGCAUGACCCGGUAGCAUUUUCCCCAGCCAAGCACUGGGACUGUGUAUGGAUGGCUCUGUUUGAUGAAAUCUGGGGCAGCUGAAGGGCAGACAGGCUAUUCUAGUGCUUGCAUGUCUGCUGCAGAAGGUGGAGGCGUACCGGUUUAACAUGGGGAAAUACUGGUGCACACUGAAACUUCCCUAAGAGCUCUGAUUAGAAGAUGCAAAUGUGAUGCUUUAAAAAAGGUAAUUUACUGACAGAAGAAAAACUAGUAAUGAGCUGAACAAUUAGCUUAUCUUUCACCUUUCUAGAUACUUUAACAGCUAAAGACUUAAAAUUAAUCUAGCAGAAGUCGGAGCAUUAAUUUGAGGCUGUUAAAAUCUUCCUGAUCCAUUUGUGGUACUCUUCUGGAGGAAGAGUUUCUUACUUCAAGUUAGCUUAACCCUCACUUUAUUAUUGCUACUGGUCAAAUUAAUUGCUAUAUUUGUCAGAGAUCACAAACUCUCCACAAAUCUGAUUGUAUUUACUCCUGUGUUUUCAUUUCUUGAAAGGUGAAGAUGUAUAAAAAAAAUAAAGGAACUUUGGUGGCAGUUUGUUGGAGUGAGGAAUCAAAACUAUUUUCAGCACAUGUUAGUAAUAGGAACCACAACUGAGCAUUUCUCCUGUUCCCACCUGUGCUUUGGGAUGCGAAAGAAUAACAUUAGCACACAGAGACCUUGACUUCCUCUUGGAUGCAUCUGGACAAUUUUAUUAGGCAGUCCACUGUGUGAUCAGUCUGAGAGCAGCUGAUGAUGAGCAUUGUGAAGAUAUGGUACUGGGCUGCUGAUCAAUUUUGUGUGUUUCAGAAGACUUGAAAAAUUAGAUUCAUGAAACAUCACUCUCAUAAACCACAGCCUCACCAUGAGGACAUUAGGCCAGCCACAACUGUAUAAAGUACCUUCACCAGCAAUCUUUCACCCUCUGACAAAUUUUUAUUUCUUGAAGGUAACUGUGGGUGGUCUUCCUUUGUCUAAUUUCUGUAAAUUUGGUACAUCAUUUUCUAGUUAUGCAGCUGAUACUUGUGUUUAUAUGAAUGGCUAUUUAACAAAAGGAAAGAUCAGAUGUUUGUUGUUUCAUUUCAACAUAAAUCAAACUUUGUACUCACAUAGCAAUUCUAGUUUAGCCCCAGGAAUAGCUUUAGUAUUGCUAAGUGUCUGGAGAGUAUUGACUACAGAGACAUGAUUUUAAGCGGGCUAUAAUAGUUUCUACAGCUGUUAACAGUUCACAGAAGAAAGGCAGUAUUAUUCAUCGGUGUUUAAAAUGUGCAUGACUUGCAUUGCACAGAAGUCAGAUUGGGAGAAUGUCAGAAUUUUUUUUUCUGAAAUUCUGCCAGGAAAGACUUCAAUAACUGGAGAAAUUCUUUUCACUGGUGAAAUCAACAUGCAGCACAUUGUGUUAUUAUAAUUGCUUAUAGCUCACCAUGAAAGUUGUCUUUGUAUGUGUGGAUGUACGGCUUGUACUGUUUUGUUUUUAUUUAUUCUGCAUUCUUUAUUAUAAUGUUCUUUCCUUUUUUCCAGACCAGAAAGAUUGUUAUUGAGCCUUCCACAAAGCUGAAAUAAUGCUGUGUGUUAAAAAAAUGUUAACAAUUUGAAGAAGUUAUAAAAAUUUAUAAGUUGACUGAAUACUUUGGAAAUUUCUGCAUAUUUUAAUAUAAAUAGGUAAUGCAAAUGUUUGUUCUUUGCAUUUAGAGGUGGGUCUCUGUUUUCUAAAGGUCUUGUAUAUAAAUUUGAUUCUCACAAUUACAUUAGAACAAAACCAUUAUUUUUUCAGAUUGUAUAAUAGGAAAAAAUGUAUUCACAAAACACAGAACAUACAUGGUUAUCUCUGAAUGCCGUAUAGUCAUGAAAUUUAACAUAAAUAGCAUCAGUUCUUUGAAUGACUUCAUUAAGUGCCUUUAGGGGACUCCCUGUUGCAGUCAGCUGAGGUCCUUCCAUUCAGUUCCGCAGGUCCUGGGUUGCCCACAAAGAAAAAGACCAUGCUGUGGUUAACUGAGAAAUAAGAGGAGAUGAUUUCGCUAUAGAUAACAUGAAAUUUGAGGUUGUACCGGUAGAACUUGCAUAGAAAUUAAGUCACAUAAAAUCAAAGAAAUCACAGAAGAUGAAGGAGUUAUUUCAGAUGAAUUUGGUGUUAGCAAUGAGUUCGAACUUUAUUUGUAACUGAAAUCAUAAAACAGAACAAGAGAGUCCAAAAGAAAGAAAGGAAGAGUAGAAAUAGGUGAAAGGGAAGAGCUGGGUGACAGAAUACUAGCAGGUGAGCAAGGACCUAAAUGAUGACAGACAGUUUUAACAAAAACUAGUCCAAAAUAGUAACAAUUCAAAUGUUAUGGUCUGCUGGAGGUGCUGGUUGGGUAAAUAUCUGAAAAGACAGGCAGCAAGCUGCUUUUUUAGGAGGAUGGAGGGGGAACAAUGUGAGUUUUGGGUGGUUGUACAUACAGAGUAGAAAGGGUUUGUUAAGUUUCUCUGAAGGAGAACGUAUGUCUGAUACUCCAAGGCGAUUUCUCCACAAGCAAGUAUAGUAGCAACUAGGAGUGGACCUGAAGAGCUGCAGCUCUGGUGAGGUCCCCUGGACUGCAUGGUGCGUGCAGCUGGUGUGCUUUGCCUGUGCUGUCGGGGUACCUCUUCCAGCUUAGUUUUGUCUGAAAGGAAUCUGGUCUGCGCACUUGGGGACCGCUCCAUGAUGCAAAGCAAAGCACAGUAAGUGGGGCAUUUGAGGGGCUGGCUUCAAAAGCGCACUGCUGCUCCAAACUUGAACGCUAAUGUAGAUGUGCCCUGCCAAACUUUACGGUGGGAGUGGUGACAUGGGACAGGGCAGAGGGAAUACUCAGAAUGCACUAGUUUAUGUUGCAGAUGCUGGCAGCGUGUGGAGCUGAGAGCAGUGAAAGCCCAAGGGAGUACAGCACCUGAAGAGGUCAGCAGGAGCUGUGGUGCAGGCACAGUUCUAUUCCUUUCUUGCUGUGGCUCUUGGUCGUCCCAUCCAGCACAGCCAAAAACGCUGCUGCAGAUACAGCCAUCAGGUGAGCCUGAAUGUUAUCAGAAAGCUGAUAGGAUUUUUAGCUUUAGUGACAGGAUUAUGUCAAAUAAUGUGAUGAUUAGCUGAGACAAAUGUGUUUAGUACCUAAGUAUAGCAUGUUUAUGUAUGCCAGUACUUUGAAAACCAGGAAAGCAAAAAAUGUAUGGACAAUAGGUUAUUGCCAAGAACUGUUAUCCUUGCUACAAGCAAUGGGCAUACACAACAGUUUGGCUUUUGAACUUUGCUAAAAUGAUUUGCUAAUGAGAUUUUGGCUUAUGAAAGACGACAAAAUGCACGAGCAGAACACAAAUGUCUUUACUAGAUCUUGUCAGCAGUUGUGAAGAUAAAUUUUAACAAAGUUAGGAUUUCAAAAUGACUGUGUUGGCUCGCUAAAUAUGCUGAUUGUUGCAUGUCGUUGUCCAAGAACAGUUGGCCUUAAUAGCUUCUGAGCAAUAUUUCCUUUGAAGCUCUCAGAUAACAAAAGGCAAUCCAGAGAAGUCUGAACGAAUCUCUGCUUAGAAACUGGCCAUGUUCAAUCUGCAAAGCAUGUAAAAUUCUUUUUUUUCGUGGGGAAAGGCAGAAGAGGGCAAUAGGUGCAGGAUGUGGAGGGAAGAAGCAGUGCCAUGACCCUACAGCAUUUCUGCAUGUUGAGUCAGGGAGUGACAUUUAGACAAUUCUCACUGCACCCAAUAGGAAAAACUAUGAUGCAGAUCAAAUUGCUGGCUGUGCUCAGAGGGAGAUGAGGAAGAAAAAGGUCAAGGCACCUGUCUAUAGGUAGCCUCUCCUGCGUUUCAGAUGUUGGGGGAGCUUACCAGAAAGCCAAAUAGGCCUUUUUUUUUUUUUUUUUUUUCCUUUCUUUGAGGGAGUGAAUGGCUCCGGACUUUCCAUCUUUAGAGCUGGUGGUUUCCACACCACAGUGAUUCAGCCAGCAUGAACUCUUGACCAAAUCCCAGUUUGCUUCCUGGUUUUGUUUUUCUAAAAUAUUUUACAUUUAGCAGGGCACGAAGGCCUCCCUACUACAUGACGGUGUAAGGAGAGCCGUGCUCUUUUUACUGGUUAGCUCUCAAGGGACAGUUCUCUAUGCUCCUGAAAACAUUGCAACCAAAGCAAUUGAAAAGGAAUCACUGAAUUUUGACUAAAACUAAGACUGAAUUCUUACAUGCUCCUGGCUUUUUGAUGCUGUGUGUUUGUGUGGAAUUUCCAUUGAGGUUUAAUAAGGUCUGAUUUUUAUUUGAGAAAUAUGCCCUGCCUGCAAUGUUCUAAGGGUUAAUCACUAUGCCAUUGCAAAGGAAACCCAUAUGCAUUUGUUUAGUUUCUAGAUAAAUAGAUUAGUAUUGACAACGAUUUCAGGGGAUAGUAUGUUGUUAAAUUAAUGUGAAGGGUCUUGUUCCUUUGCCUUGCUGGAUGCUUGUUGAUGACUGAAUUCUCUGGGGUGCCCUUUUUAGGGAAUAUGCUGGUGGUUAUCCCUGUUACCGUGUAAGUGGUAGGCUCAGUAAGGACUUAGAGUAGCUUGGCUCUGGAGUUUUAAACACUGAGAGAGAGAUGCUAGACAGGAAAUCUAUAGCCUGGGAAAGCUACAAACGAAAGAAAUUAUACCCUGAAAAUUAAAACCAUAAAAUGUUCUUUCAAAAGUUCAUACAUUUAUAUAGAUACAUUAUCCCAAACAAUACAUCAUAUGAGUAAACAAAAUAUUGGUCUAAUAGGUUUGAGACCUGAGAUAGAAACCUAUUACAGUUUACCUCUGUGAAAACACAGCAUUACUCCCUUCACACCCUGUGUCUUCUUGUCACCCAGCAGAGAGAAAUACUGGUAUGUACAGGUUUAUUUCAGAGUCCCCUUCAUGCAGGGACCCCCAUUGUCUGCUUUCUUUUUUACACUACUCUCUAUAUGUCCCUAAUUUUCUCCCUGUACUCCAGUAAUUUGUUGCCUAUCUCAGAAUCUGCAGAGGUUGCCUGAGGCUGUGGGCUGAGGUAAGGUUGCAUGGGGCCGUCCUUCUUUUCAAAUACUAGUACUUUUUAAAUGGUACAGGGCAUCCAAAAUGCAGGAUGCAGAGGUAUGGGUAUGCUAAUAACAUUACAGUUGAUUAACAAAUAUUCAGGUCACCAAGUGUUCAGCAGCUGCAAAGUGUCUGAACUAAGGUUGUCUUUGCAGUGGAAGUUCAGCCUUGUUUUGCAUACGUGCAAUGAGACAAGGUUUCAUAACAUGAUCACAUAGGGUGCUUUUUUACUUUCUAGCACAACCUUUGAGUAGAGCAGUCAGGAGGGAGCUGGUGCAGCCAUUGCUACGUGCGUUGUGACUUGACGAGUGGCUCUCUGUCCACCUCCACAUGGCACUACUACUGUGUCAUCUUGGCCGUGCAUGAGAUUGAGUCUGGUCAUAGUGGACAUAUUGCAUGUGGAGCCCAUAGGGAAGCAGACGGUACAGAGAAAAGGGGCACAAAGCAAGCAUGAGGGAAUGGAAUGGAAGAAACGGUCUGCAGCAUAGACUUUAGCUCUUAAAGAGUGCUGAUCUCUUUCUGUGCUCAGAGAUGCUUAUUGUGCAGAAUCUUCAUAAGCAUCAAAGAUGAAACUUAUACUUAGGCAAGUGCUGGAAGGAUCACUGCUCUGUGACCUGCGUCUCUCGGAUAGCUUUUUCACUCUUGUACCUGCUAGCAGGUGGUUCCUGUUCUUCAGACUGCUGUUACCUGCUCCAGCAGAUAAGGACGGUAUGGAAUACUGUAGUGUAUGGGAUAACUGUUCACUGUGGCUGGUUCCUUCUGCUGAUAUCAAGAGAUGAUUUAUGCCUUUUUGCUUCCCUCAUUGUUCUUAGGGCUCCAACUUCUAAGUGUUAAAUGACUUUCUUUUUCAUGCUUUGCAAAUACAGGGAUUUCAUUGAAGGAGAGUGUUCCAAGCUGCUUUUGAGAAACCUGAUGUUUGCAACAGGUGACAGAGGGUAUUACUAAAUUGACUUCUUGAAAAGGAUCCUUCAGGGUAUGGUGCUGUCACUGUGUUAGAGAGGUAUGGCCACAGGUGGGACUCAGUUGACACUGGUCCAGCGAGUGCCUGAUCCAGCACAGCAGAACAGCACAGGCAGCUGUUAAAGCAGUGCACAGUCCCAGAUUAGCCAAGGCCUAAAUGCUUUGCUCUAUUACAGCCUCACUGCAGCUCCCAGGGAAACAGCACAGGCCUCGUGCAGUCCAAGCUGCUCACCCAUGCCUGCUCAAGACCAAACCGCCCAGCCUGAGGACCGUGAUGAAGCUGUGACCAUACUAGCUGCUUCCUCUGUCUCCUGCUGAAGGCCUCUGGCCCCCCAUUCGGCUGCAUGUAAAAGCAUCUGUCAGCCAAGAAAGUGGAAGAGACAGUGUUCUCCUGCUGCUUUUGGUUUGUGGUGUAUCUAUCUGCGGGACAUACAGAACUUGGUCUAGACAGCCUGGCUAAUUUAAAAGCCUUGGAAAUAGGAUCCUAUAAGGAGUUGUACAGGACAAAGUGCUAAAGAAGAGAACAGCACUUCUACCUGUUACCUGUGUGAUGGAAAUGUGAGGACAGCUAUGAAUCUGCAGUGAACUCCAAGCUGUAUGGCAGCUACAGGAAUGCGACAUCCAAGAGAAGAUUAACUUUGAAAUCCGCAUGCGAGAAGGCAUCUGUAAACUACUUGCAGUGAGCACACAAAAAGACCAACACUUGCAAGCCGUUAAAAACCUGAUGGUUUGCAAUGCUCGUAUACUUGCAUACAGGACAGAGCUACAGAACCAAAAAGAAGAGCUGAUCUCGUGCAGAACCGAAGAAUGGUCUUCAGAAAAUGGGACAAAAGACCGUGUGGCAUGCAGAGCAAAGGUUGCUAUAUCAGGUAUUCGAAUACCAUUAAUGUGGAAAGGCUCUGAUCACUUCAGCAAUAAAGAAAAAUCACAGCACUAUGCAGUUUUUUGUUUGUUCAGAAUGGGAGCUGAGGUUUUUGAUACAGAGGUGGCCAUUGUGGAUAAAGCAAUAACAGAUAUCUGUUUUGAUGAAAAUGUAACCAUAUUUGAUGAAGCAAGACCAGAUUUCCAGGUGAAGGUUGAAGUGUAUAGUUGCUGUACAGAGGAGUCUUUAUAUGUAACAAACACUCCUAAGAAACUAGCAAAGAAACUUAAAACAUCCCUCAGCAAAGCAACAGGGAAGAAACUCAAAGCUGCACUGGAAGAAGACAGCACUGAAUACCUUUUGCCCGCUGACCUGGUCAUCCAUGGAGCAAAGUACAGUUUGCUAGCAUAUACUACUUUGGGGCUGGAGAGUGCUGAGGACAAUUUCAGGACACACAACCUUACCAUUACAGGAAAUAAGGAAUCCUCUUUUUGGCUCCCCCUAUAUGGAAACAUGUGUUGCCGUUUAGUUGCUCAGCCUUCCUGCAUGGCUAGGGAUAUGAUGGCAGGAUUUCUCAAUCAGCAGCAAAUGAUAGGAAGUCUAACUAGCUGGAGGAGGCUGUAUUGUGUACUAAGAGGUGGCAAGCUCUUUUGUUAUUACUCACCAGAAGAAAUUGAGGCUAAACUGGAGCCAGCAUUGACAGUUUCCAUCCACAAGGAAACCAGAAUUCGAGCUGUGGAUAAGGACUCCAAGAGAAGAACUAAUAACUUCUCUGUUAUCAACCUCGUGUCUGGAGAGGCUGUGACUCAACUUUUUGCUACUGACAGUAGGGAUGAACUUCAUAAGUGGAUGGAGGCUUUCUGGCAGCACUUUUAUGAUCUGAGCCAGUGGAAACAUUGUUGUGAAGAACUUAUGAAAAUUGAGAUUAUGUCACCACGGAAACCACCUUUGUUCUUGACAAAAGAAGCGACCUCCGUCUACCAUGAUAUGAGCAUUGAUUCUCCAGUGAAACGUGAGGGCUUAGCUGAUAUCAUACAAAGAAGAAUCGAAGAGAGUGAUGGCAAGUUCCUGCUUGGCCAGCAAAAAGAGUCUGCGUCUUCCCUAUGGGCUUCACUAUUUGAUGGGUCUCAUGAGAUGGUUGUUCAGAAGAACAUGCAUCUGGGCCCAAAAAGAGAUACUACAAGUCCUAAUGAUAGCAGAGGAAAGAAAAGAAGAGCUCCACCUCCACCCUCCGAUAAGUCACCCUACAGUACAAAAGCACAGGUGAACACAGAGCAAUUGGGCAAGGAAAACUGGGAGAAGUCUGACCACACAUCUGCUAGUAGUUCUUCCUUUGAUUCAGUGUUAUCUACAAAAAUGCAGCAGUUGCAGACACCCAUUGCUGCUCCUUGCAAAAUUGGUCCUUAUAGAAAAAGCAGUUCAGCUGGCCACGGGAAUCGCAUUUCAUUGGUUAACAAGACCGAGUCUGAAACCAAACUGGUACCAACCCCUAGACAGAAAUGCAUCACAGAAAUGCUAGACCCUAGAUCAUGGUUGCAGCUAUAGACAUCAUAAUUAACUUAGAGCCAUCCCUGGAAUUUUAAGUUUCUCAGUCUUCUACUAUAACUCUGGAGUAAAAAUAGAUUUUAGUAUAUAGCUUGUAAGUAUUGAGGCUAAAGUUUUAUUUUCCUUUAGCCAGGGCAUUACUACUAGCUGCAGUCUCAGCUGUGUACUCAUUAUCGCUAACAUCAAAAUAAUUGUACUAGUAACAGGGAGAGUCAUCUCUAUCUGAAAUAACGGUGCCACUUCUGAAAAGAGUGGUUCAGUACUUUCCCCUUGAAAAACCAGGAGGGUUCAGGGUAACUCAGUGUCCCUGCAGCAGGGAUGUUACCAUUGCCUUCUAUCAGUCCCUCAGCUUAGCCCAUCUGCAGCUCCUCAGACUACUUCAAGUGGGAUUUUCACACACAUUCAGCGCAGAUCUUGCAAAGCUGAUUUUCCUGGGCUCCAUGCUUUGCUUCACCUAAAAUAUUCUUAUCUCUCCCUCACUGUUUGGGAACCACUGCUUAUAAGAUAAUGUACUAUGAAAAGUUAUUGUGCUCUCCUGAACGGCUCUAUAACUCCGUAUGAAUUUCAGAAGCAGUACUAUCAAUUUAGUGUGGGAUCUCCUAAUUUCCUACGGGUGCAUGUGCUGUCCGAAUGGACCAGGAUUAUCUGUGUAUGAACAAGAAUGUGAUCCAUCACUGCUGCUUAUUUCAGACUAAGACGAACUUUUAAAAGCAGUACUCUGUAUGAACACCUAUUCAGGAUUUCAUUUUUAUGGUUUUUUUUUUUUUUAUGACAAGUGGGGUUCUGUAGCAUAGCUUCUCCUUUAUAGAGCUUCUCAGCUGUUCCUGGUAGGUAGCUGUGUUGUAAACGGGGCAGUGUUACUGGUAAACAAAUAGGGUUUUUUUCACCACUCAUUCUUUCUGAAAUAGCAGAGAAUAAGUACUUCAGGUGAAAAUAUUGAACUUUGAUAUUCUUCCAUCAGGCUGUUCACCAUUUUUGUAAGAAGCAUGGGUUGUUAGGGUUCCUGUAGCACCUGCAAAACGUUUAUUGCAUACGGAAAAGAUUCUGUUCUCCUGGAUCCACAGCUUAAAUAUCCAAGAGCAAAGGUCUGCUUGCAGAUCUCCCUCUAGAGCCUUGGUAUUCAGACCUGUGUUGAGAGAGUCAUAUCAGCAACUGUAUACAUACAGUUCAUUGAUUUUUCUUUUUUUUUUUUUUUUUUUUUCCUGAAGUACAGAUGGCUUUGGGAGCUUUACCAUUUCUCCAGAAGAUACUGUGUGCAUGGUUGAUUUGUUUGUUUUAUCUGUUUUUUGUCUUCUGCUAAGCUCUUGGCUGCACAGCUGUAAAGGUAUCUGCUGAAUUCCCUCAGUAGUUCAUUGGCUGUUUGGGAUGGGGCUUGAGAGGCAGGUUUCAUUUACAAAUCCUUUCGCAGGAUUAGAGCCCUUCGCUUCUAGAAUGUCCUUGUUCAUUCUUCAUUUAAUCACAUCCCAUUUUCCCUCUGAAACAACCGUAAUCAUUCUUACAAUAAAUCAUGCUGUUACUUAAGUGGAUGGUUUAUGAAUGGUUUAUAAAUAGGAACAGAAAAACUGAAGAACAACUACAUGAUUAUGUAAAUCAGACACAGUCAACUAAGUGGACUGUGCAACUCUGAACAAGAAAUAGGAAAAAUAAACAGGGGCGGGGGAGGAAGCAUAUUUUCCAAAAUGCAGCUGCAGCUUAUUUAGCUUUAAAUCUAGCCUUAAAUGUUACUGUGCUCUGGAAAGAAAGAAUACCUUUUUCUUGGUAACCCCCUUCCAUUUCAUUGUUAUUUAUAAGCUUUAUUUUGAAAUAUAUAUAAGGCAAGAAGGCACCAUAAUGAGGAUUUAUUUUUAAAUUCAACAGGCCAUUGAAUUUCAACGAGCAGUUUCGCUAUUAAAUUCAGUGGCUUUGUUUUGAACUGAACAUACAUAUUUUAGGAAGGCAUUUAAUAUUAAUUUAAAGUCUUCAAGUGAUGAGAAUUCACUCAUACCUCCUGUUGCAAUAGUUAAUUACGCCAGGUACAUUUUUUCACUUGAUUUUCUAUUUGCAUUUCUAGCUCCACCUUAAGUUAUUUUGGUCUUUUUAUGCAUUUGAUUGCUUAUAUUGAUCUCUGUAGUAUCAGCUUUUCUAAUUGCUUGUGUGUAGUUAUAAAUCAUGAUUAUGUCCCUUUUAACCUUUUCUCUGAUGAGAUGUACUGAAUUCCUUAACUUUCUUAUGGCAAUGAAUGAUAUCAAAGACUAAUUAAUCUUCAUGUUCUUCUCUGUGCUUCUCAUGUAUUGAAAUAUUUUUAAGUGUGACAUCUGAAUUAGAUGCCACAUGUCAAUAGUGAUCCAUUAGGACUCUAUAGAGACAUAACAUGAUCCUCUUACUCUGAUUAAUAUCUUCCUCCCCUCUUUCCUCAAAAAUUUUAUUAUCCUUUUUUUGUGGAAGCAUUGCCUUGGAUGCUGAAUUUGAUGGCUUAAGUCCUCUUCAGAGUCUUUUUUCAAGAAUGCGGUACACCAUCCUCUUAUUGUCCUACCUUAUUUUUUCUUAGAAAUAUACACUGUAUUUUACCAGCAUUAAAAUACUGCUCAUGACGUGAUCCAGAUUGCUCUGUGUAAGUGACCUGUCCUCAUUCUUUACUACUCCAGCAGCCUGCAUGUCCUUUGCAAAUUUAUUGCAAGUGAUUUUUACAGUUUCUUCCAGAUCAUUGAUUUUUAAAAUUGAAUGCAAGGCAAGGUUUGUAGAGAGAGGUGAUAAGUUUUUAUUACAUCAGUGACAUGGGUAGGGGGUGGGGAAAAGCAAACAGACAGGCCAUUGAGUUUGUGUCCCUUUUUUCCCAGAGCCUUUGAAAAAAUUUAAUAAAACGGAAAACAACUAUCCUUCUUGCUGAUUCCCUCUUAAUACUGCAUUUUGAAAUUAGUUUUCUGUCUUCAACAUAACAUUCCAUAUAGAUUUGAUCUAGUACUGAUAUUUUAAAGAAAAUAACAUGUUCAUCUGGUUUUCAGUAGGUGACUUAGGGUUCUUACAGGUAACACCUCAGUGCAGCUGUCUUUGCAAGCCGAGCUUACUACAUCGAAGAGUAAAAUGCAACCUGUUGUUCAAGACCUAUUCUUCAUGAAGCUGUGUUGAUUGACAUUUUAUAUCUAUCCUUAGACUCAUAUGAGCCAGUUCACUAUAUUGCCCUGAUCACUACUAAGCAACCUAGGCCAUUAAUUGCCCUGAUCAUCCUGCUUCAGAACAACAGUGUUGUUCUUAUGGUCCUGUGAAAUGUCAUGGCAGUGUUGAGACUUGUUUAACUAAUUGCACAUUUAGGCUCCUACAGCUGGAAGGACUUCUGCUACCAAAUGUAGUUGCUGUUCUUUUAAACAACCACUAUAUAAUCGCUAUUAUGAAGCAUCAGUUGACUUCAAGUUUUAGUAUUUAUUGUUACUUAGUCUUUUUUCUUUUUCUUCCCCCUUCUGUAUUGCCGUUUAUUAUUGCCUUUGCAUCUUCUGUUAAGCAAGUUGGUUUAACUGAUAAAAACUGCAGGCUACCAACAAAUGCUGAUCUUAGCUAUACAGUAAAGUCAGUCGUAGGAAAUACAUUUGUAGUCAGCUUUUGUCUACGCAAGAGAACAUAAAUAUUAGGAAUAAAAACAGAGCACAAUUUUAGGACUAUAAUUAGAAGAUAUAUCUGUGAGGAAAAUGGACAUUUUUUGGCUUUUCCAUAUAGUGACAAAUUGUAAUACUUUAUGACUUUAUUACUUAUUGCUUUAUUACUUAUCAUUGCAUAGGCUUGUUCAGAAAUUAGAACUCUUCCUUUGUUUCUUUUCCUCAAGUUUUCCUGACUGUAAUGAGGAUGAAUAUUCAAAACAGGAAUUAAGACCAAUAAAUUGCUUGUACCCAAGCACUCUAAUAGGGUGAAGCCAGCUACAUCGCAGUGUGGUACAGUAACGUUUUAGACUUUGCACUGAUUCACUUCCCAGGCUGUGUGGUUUUAAGGACGUGGCCCAAGGUGGUCGCUGAAGCCCGUCUGUUGGUAGCGUGUGGGGCUGAGGAGCUGUUAGCUUUCAUCCUUCAAAGUGGAGGUGGGGGAGGAGUCUAGAGGCAGAGAGGUGGAAGGCAGCCUGUUCCUUACAGGCCAUGGUGGAAACCGUUUAACUGCUGCUUCUGGGCACUAAAAGAGAAUGUACCCAUUAAGCCAUCUUAUCAGUUGCAUUCAAUCAUGAGGGUGCUUUAAUUGCAUGACUCAAAAUAUCAGUGAUCAAAACCCAAAAGUCAUUUGAUUAGCAUCUAUAAACCAUGCUGAAAUAAGAAAUAUUUCACAAAGGCACAGGUCACGUUAGCCAGCCUCCAGCUGGGAUGAAGCUUGGAAGACAGCAGGAGGCCUGUGGCUUCUCCCAGCCCUCGCGUCCCAUUGCCCCAUGUUCACAUUUGUGCAGGCAAGUCAGUGUGCUGCUGCCUGGGAGUGGAAUGCAUGGAAAAACAGUAGGUGUUCAAGAGACACUGCACCCAGAAUGAACAGCUCUAACUACCCAGUGUAGCACCGUGAAGACAUUGGUGGCACCUGAUACUGCUGAACUACACAUGUGAUUAGGUACUUUUCUGAGGAAUGUGUCAGGCCCGCUCUCAAAAUUGUACCUGCUUGUUUGCUGCUGGAAUGAAUUAACUGCUGCUUAAAAGCAGAAUUGAGUAGCAUGAUUGCUGUCUUGAAGUCGGGCAGAGACAAUAGUCAACUUGAACUCUUCUUUUCUGAAGUACAACUUGAAAGCAAGUCCAAACUUGAAUAUAAAUUUCACAGAACAUGAACAACUUUUGAAAUGUUGACUGAACAAAGACCUAAUUUAGUAACUUUUUAUAUACUUAAUGUUUUCAGCUGUUCACUUGGUCUUGGAAUGGUAGACGGUACCUUUUUGCAAUUUUAAAGACAUUAGCUUAAAAUGUUUACAUUUUUACUAGUAAUGUGAUUUUAUGUUUUUUCUAUGGUAGUUAUAUUAAUAGUUAUUUUAUGGUGGUUUGUACAUAUUUGGAAAUACUGUCCUAGUAUCCAGAGUUGAUUUAUAAUUAGUGUAGAUUACCGUAAUAGAAAAAUGCAGAUUUGGAUACUAAUGUAUUGUGAAAUGUUAGAACAGAAAUCUUCCUUUUUUGCUGCUAACAUAAUGUAUUUCUGUUAAAAUAUGCAAGUGAAAUUAAAAAUGUUUCUAGAGUAAAA